AUGGACGCCGCCGAGUUCAUGACCUUUCGCAGCAGGGCCCUGGGGCUUUUGAGUGGUUCGGUCAUCGUCAGUACCACCUUCCCAAUAAAGGGAGGUAUUGGACUAGUCCUUAGCGAUGAGAGUCACGGGAACACAUGCGUUCAGUCUUUGAGUCGCAUGCAGGGUUAUACAGCCAAGGUCCGCACUGGAUUAUGGCCACGUGUGAUUUUGUUUAAUCCCGCAAUAGCCCGUGGUUCCACUAUCGACUCAGUGAGUCGCUCUAUCAAAGAGGGCAAUCCUGCUCUCACCGAAGGUAUCGACGGUGCCAAGCUGGUCAGCGCGGUCUAUUGGCGCGGCCAGCACUUAGUUAUGGCGAUCUGCCCAACCCUCUAUCACAGGCUCUCUGCCAAUGGGGAAGGGAAGGGUCGCCUGGUAUUAAAUCACCUUUGCACCAGAUGGGCGACAUCUCGCUCCCCAUCAGUGUGUUUUAGGUGCUGUGGUAUUGGCCAUAUUGGCCCUUCCUGUCCUCAUAAGCAGGAUCAGGCCAAGAUUCGCUGCACGCGUUGUGCAGCCUUCGGUCACGAGAGACAAGCUUGUACGGCUCAGUCCAUCACAGGGCCGGUGCUGAAAUGCGCGAACUGCCUGGACUUCAACGCAUCUCAUCCUGAAGCUCGAGUUCACCGAAAGGUGGACCACGAGUGCACGGAUGGCGCAUGUGAGAGCUUAGCCGCCUUUGCUAGGCGGCAAUGGGGCCGUACUGACUUCGGAAAUGCCGCCUUUUGUCAAUGA